UUAUCUUUCCCACAGCUAGCUAGCUAGCUUUGCCCCUCUGGUUUCGUUUGUAAGCAAAUCAGAAUCCCAGCUUUUCUUCUUCACCUGUAGACUAAUGGGCAUCAAAAUGCUUGGCCGAGCUCCCUUGCUUGUGGUUUUCCUUCUUCUCUGCAUUAAUGCCGCCGUUGAGCAGGUCUCGGCAGAUCUCAGGGUAGGGUUUUACCAAUCCACUUGCCCGCAAGCUGAAACCAUCGUCCGCCAACUCGUGCAGAAAAGAUUCAACACCGAUAAAUCCGUCACCGCUGCCCUUCUUCGCAUGCACUUCCACGACUGUUUCAUCAAGGGGUGUGAUGCAUCUAUCCUAAUAGACUCGACGGCCCAAAAGCCGUCGGAGAAAGCCGCGGGACCCAACCAAACGGUCCGAGACUUCGACCUCAUCGACCAAAUCAAGACGGCCCUCGAAGCCGCUUGCCCUUCCCGCGUCUCCUGCGCCGACGUCAUCGCCCUCGCCACCCGAGACGCCGUCGCCCUCUCCGGCGGGCCCACCUACCCUCUCCCAACGGGGAGGCUCGACGGCCUGACCUCCAACGUUAACGACGUCAACCUCCCGGGCCCCACCAUGCCCGUCUCCUCGGCCUUCGCCCAGUUCUUCAGGCCCAAGGGCUUCACCCUCAACGAGAUGGUCACGCUCCUGGGGGCCCACACGGUCGGGGUGGCCCACUGCGCGUUCUUCCAGGACCGGGCCUCCAACUUCCAAGGGACCGGAAAGCCCGACCCGACCAUGGACCCGGCCCUGGCUGGCACCCUCCGGAGGACCUGCUCCGCGAGCAACAAUCCGACGGCGUUUCUGGAUCAGAACACGUCGUUCGUGGUUGACACGUCGUUCUACAGGGAGCUGACCGUGAAGCGCGGAGUGAUGCAGAUUGACCAGGAGCUGGCCGCCGACCCGUCCACGUCGGCGAUGGUGGCGGGGUUCGCGAGGAGCGAGUCGAGUUUCCGGCAGAGCUUUGCCGCGGCGAUGGUGAAGAUGGGUAGCCUCGUGGGUCAGGGUGGUGAGGUAAGGAAGAGCUGUCGCGUGUUUAAUCCCAAGAGCCCCGUCGGUGGCGGUCGUCCUCCCGUGGUGCAGCCGGCACCCCGUCCAGUUGUCAGACCCCGUACUCCGGUCCCGAGUACUCGUCGGCCAGUUGUGAGCCCUCGUCCGCCGGCGGUGAAACCCCGUCCUCCGGUUUCCAGACCUCGUUCACCGGUGGUGAGUCGUGCGCCGCCACCUAGGAGCGGUGGCAAGAAGAAUGUGCCGAAGACUAAUGCUAAGAAUGUGUCCAAGACAAAGGGAAACCAGAAAAAGAAACCUGGAAAGGGCAAUUAAAAUUAAUAUUAUUUUUAUUAAUGUUGGAUUGGGGAGAUUACUUGUCCACAUUUCAGUGGCUUAUUGGGAGUUAAAAUUGUUCAGCUGACUUGGUUCUCGUAAUUAAGAGAAUCAGAGAAUGACAUGUAUACAAGUGAAAAAAACCUCCCGCUGUAAAGCAAUCAAGGUUGAAUUAAUAAUUGUGCCAAUGUAGAUAAAAUGUGGCAGUUAAGUGAAUAAAUAUCUGCAAAUUAU